AUGAGGGCCCCUGCGCCCGCGCUCUGCCUGCUCCUGGCCUGCGCCGGGCUGCCCUGCGGUGAGAGCGGGGUGGUCUCCGGGAAGCGCUGGGUGGGCUCGGCUGCGACCACCGCACCUCCCGGGAACGCUGAGCUGCGACCAGAGCCAGCUCUGGAACCCAGUCUCAGUCACCAGGAGGCGACCAUAGAAGGGGAUGCUCCUACAGUAAUGGGAGGACAGGGGCUGGACACCCUGGACUCCUGGGCCAUGUCUUCCUGGGAGAGGCGGCUCCAUCGGGCCAAAUGUGCACCUGCUUACCUGUUCUCCUGCUUCAAUGGGGGCGAGUGUGUGCACCCAGCCUUCUGUGACUGCAGACGCUUCAAUGCCACUGGACUGCGCUGCCAGAUGGUGUACAACACUGGCCCUGAGCGGGACAGCAUCUGCCGGGCGUGGGGGCAGCACCACCUGGAGACAUUCGACGGCCUCUACUACUACCUCUCUGGCAAGGGCAGCUACACUCUGGUGGGGCACCAUGAACCCGAGGAGCAGAGCUUCUCCAUCCAGGUGCACAAUGACCCUCAGUGUGGCACCUCCCCUUACACCUGCUCGAGGUCUGUCAGCCUCUUCUUUGCCGGUGAGCAAGAGAUCCGUUUGGCCAAGGAGAUCACCCACGGAGGUGUGAGGGUCUCUCUGCCCCGUGUGAUGGGGAGCACGCGUCUUCAGCGGCUGGCCGGCUACAUCAUCGUGCGGCACCAGGCAGCCUUCACCCUGGCCUGGGAUGGUACCUCUGCUGUCUACAUCAAGAUGAGCCCUGAGGUCCUGGGUGGGACCCACGGGCUCUGCGGGAACAACAAUGCUGACCCCCAGGACGACCUGGUGACCAGCUACGGGAAGCUGACAGAUGAUGUGACUGAGUUUGUGCACAGCUGGCAGGAACCAGCCCCCAACCAGCCUCCAGGGCCCUCGACCUUCUCCCCUCCUCGCCCACCGUGCCUGCAGCAGAGCCCAGGAGCCAUGCAGGGUGUGUAUGAGCGGUGUGAAGCUCUGCUGCGGCCUCCCUUUGACGCCUGCCACGCCUACGUCAGCCCGCUGCCCUUCACAGCCAGCUGUAGCAGUGACCUCUGCCAAUCGGCAAGUGAUGAAGCCACCUGGUGCCGGGCGCUGGCCGAGUAUGCUCGGGCAUGUGCCCAGGCGGGGCGCCCCCUGAUGGACUGGAGGUCGCAGCUCCCGCAGUGUGCUGUGCGCUGUAAGGAAGAGGGCUUCACCUACAAUGAGUGCAUUGCCUGCUGCCCCGCCUCCUGCCGGCCCCAGGCAUCCUGUGUGGACAGCGAGAUCGCCUGUGUGGACGGCUGCUACUGCCCCAAUGGGCUGAUCUUCGAGGACGGGGCCUGUGUGGCCCCAGUGGAGUGUCCUUGUGAGUUCCACGGGACCGUGUACCCGACUGGCUCUGUGGUGCAGGAGGACUGCAAUGCCUGCACGUGCACGGCAGGCAGAUGGGUGUGCAGCUCGGCCGUCUGCCCAGCUGAGUGCUCAGUGACUGGUGACAUCCACUUCACCACCUUUGACGGCCGCCGGUACACCUUCCCUGCCACAUGCCAGUAUAUCCUGGCCAAGAGCCGCUCCUCAGGCACCUUCACUGUGAUGCUGCACAAUGCCCCGUGUGGCUUGAACCAGGACGGGGCCUGUGUCCAGUCUGUGUCAGUGAUCUUGCACCAGGACCCUCGGAGGCAGGUGACCCUGACCCAGGCGGGAGAUGUCCUUCUGUUUGACCAGUACAAGGUCACCCCGCCCUACACAGACGAUGCCUUUGAGAUCCGGAGGCUGUCGUCUGUGUUCCUGCGGGUGAGGACCAACGUGGGUGUGCGGGUGCUCUACGACCGCGAAGGGCUGCGGCUCUACCUGCAGGUGGACCAGCGAUGGCUGGAGGACACCGUGGGCCUUUGCGGCACCUUCAACGGCAACACGCAGGAUGAUUUCCUGUCCCCAGUGGGCGUGCCUGAGAGCACCCCACAGCUCUUUGGCAAUUCUUGGAAGACGCUGUCUGCUUGCUCCCCGCUGUCUGCUGGCUCUCCACUGGACCCAUGUGACGUGCACCUGCAAGCUGCCUCCUACGCGGUGCAGGCAUGCAGCGUGCUGACCGGGGGGCUGUUCGAACCCUGCUCCACCUACGUCAGCCCCGUGGCCUACUUCGAGCAGUGUCGCCAGGACGCCUGCCGCUGCGGGCAGCCCUGCCUGUGUGCCGCGCUCGCCCACUACGCCCACCUGUGCCGGCGCCACGGGCUCCCCAUCGACUUCCGUGCCCACCUGCCCGCCUGUGCACUGUCCUGUGAGGCCACCAAGGAGUACAGCCCCUGUGUACACACGUGUGGACAAACCUGCCAGGACCUGGCUGGCCUCGAGGCCUGUGGUAUGGACAGUGGUGGCCACCGCAGUGGGGACGAGUGCGUGGAGGGCUGUGCCUGCCCACCAGAUACCUAUCUGGACACCAGUGCUGACCUCUGUGUCCCCAGGAACCAGUGCUCCUGCCACUUCCAAGGAGUGGACUACCCGCCCGGAGACAGUGACAUCCCAUCUCUGGGCCACUGCCACUGCAAAGCGGGCGUCAUGAGCUGUGAUAGCAGAGCCCCAGCUACUGCCUGCCCAGCAGGCCAGGUGUUCGUGAACUGCAGUGAGCUGCACACGGAGCCGGAGCUGAGCAGGGAGCGAACCUGUGAGCAGCAGCUGCUGAACCUGAGCAUGUCGGCCCGCGGGCCCUGCCUCUCGGGAUGUGCCUGCCCCCAGGGUCUGCUCCGACACGGCGAUGCCUGCUUCCUGCCCGAGGAGUGUCCGUGCACCUGGAAGGGGAAGGAGUAUUUCCCUGGGGACCGGGUCACGUCGCCCUGCCAUGCCUGCGAGUGCCGACAGGGUUCCUUCCAGUGCACGCUCCACCCCUGCGCCUCCACCUGCACGGCCUACGGGGACCGCCAUUACCGCACCUUUGACGGGCUCCCCUUUGACUUCGUGGGGGCAUGCAAAGUGCACCUGGUCAAGAGCACAGCCGACUUCCGCUUCUCUGUGAUCGUGGAAAACGUCAACUGCUACGGCUCAGGCAUCAUCUGCAGGAAGUUUAUUUCUGUCCACGUUGGGAACUCCCUCAUCAUCUUUGACGACGACUCAGGAGACCCCAGUCCUGAGAGCUUCCUGGACGGGAAGCAGGAGGUUCACACGUGGCGAGCGGGAUUUUUCACACUGGUGCACUUCCCACGGGAGCACAUCACCCUCGUGUGGGACCAGAGGACCACAGUACACGUACAGGCUGGACCUCAGUGGCAGGGACAGCUGACGGGACUCUGUGGAAACUUUGACCUGAAAACCAUCAAUGAGAUGAGGACCCCAGAGAACUUGGAGUUAACUAACCCCCAGGAGUUUGGCAGCAGCUGGGCUGCAGUGGAGUGCCCCGAUGCACUGGACCCCCGGGACACCUGUGUCCUGAAUCCCCUCCGGGAACCGUUUGCCAAGAAGGAGUGCGGCGUCCUGCUCAGCGAAGUCUUUGAGACCUGCCAUCCCGUGGUUGAUGUCACCUGGUUUUACUCCAACUGCCUGACGGACACGUGUGGGUGCAGCCGGGGCGGCGACUGCGAGUGCUUCUGCGCCAGUGUGUCGGCCUACGCCCAUCAGUGCUGCCAGCACGGGGUGGCCAUUGACUGGCGGACCCCCCGCCUCUGCCCAUAUGACUGUGACUUCUUCAACAAAGCACUAGGGAAGGGCCCCUACCAGUUGGCCAGCUUGGCGGCCAGUGGCGCCCUGGUGGCCAGGAAGGCGGCAGGAGGUGCGAUGCUCCUAGUACGGACAGAGGAGGUGGCACCGGGGGACAUUGUGAACUUCCUGAUGACCCCGGCCCUGGAUAAGGCCAAGGCACAUGAUCCUGACGCAGUAUCCCUGGAGGCAGCGGACAGGCCCAACUUCUUCCUCCGAGUCACAGCCAAUGGGUCUCUGGAGCUGGCUAAGUGGCAGGCCAGUGAUGCCUUCUACCACCAUGCCACCUUCUCACUGCACCGAGGGACAUGGCAGGCAGGGCUGGUGGCACUGGAGUCCCUGGCAAAGCCUGGCUCCUUCCUUUACGGGUUGGGCCCGACAUUGGUCCUGCGGCUGUACGAACACACAGCGGCCUUCCGCCGGAACAUGCUCUUUCGCCUGCUAGGUGUCAAGCCCUCGGGGGCUGCCUACCCCAUCUGUGAGUGGCGCUAUGAUGCCUGUGCCAGCCCCUGCUUCCAAACCUGCCGAGACCCACAGGCAGCCAGCUGCCAGGAGGUGCCCAGGGUGGAAGGCUGUGUCCCCACGUGCCCCGCCCCCAGAGUCCUGGAUGAAGUCACACAGAGAUGCGUCUACCUGGAAGACUGUGUGGAGCCAGUGGUCUGGGUCCCCACAGAGACCCUUGACAAUGAGACCCAGACUCCCAGACAAGAGCUGUCCACCCCUGGUCCCCAGGAGCUGCCCCUCCCACAGGAAACUCCAACGACCCCUCCUCACAGGCCAGCCCGCCCCACAGCUGUCCCCCUCACCACGACCCUGAGCCCACAGCCAGGGGCCACUGAGGGGCCAGCACCAGCUCCAGGCUCCACCCUGUCCACGCUGCAGCCGUUGCAGGGGCUCCCCGCAUCUGAUCUUCCCGCCCACCCCACGGAGGCCCCGACCAGCCAGGGAGCACCCGAUGGCCAGCCGGCUGCCCUCCACACCCCACCAUCCACAUCCCUCUACCUAUCACCGCAAAAACCCACCCCUGGUCCAGGGCCCAGUGCUAUGGAGACCCUCAGGGUGACCGUGACCCUAACGGAGAGCCGAAACGUCACGGUCUCCUCCCGGUCACCCCCCGUGCCUCGCUUCCCACUCCUGACCAAAGCCGUGACGGUGCCCAGCCCCGGCCCCUGGCCCAUUAGGUCCACGCCCUUGCCGCCCAUCUCCAGCCUGGGGCUGCCAGCAAGCCCCUCCUCUAGGCCAGGGGCUUCCCCAGCAGUGACCACCAGGCCCGCUACCUCCUUGGAGUCCCACAAAGCCCUGCUGACAGCCGCCAUAGCCAAGGUCACACACAGGACAGGGGGACCCCCGGCUACCCUGCCCCAGAGCCUCUCCGCUUCCAGCAGUCCCCCACCCUUGGCUCCUCUCCAUCCUGCCACAACCAAGGGAGUAGAGGUCGCGCCGUCCUCUGAGAAGGUUGAACCCGGACACGGGCAGCCGGAGGGCCUGGCACAGCCAAGCCCCUCUCCCACUGCUCCGCCCCAUCCCGCCCAGCAUACCACCACCACUGCCACCACAGGGGCUCCGGCUCUGCCCCCUGGGGCCCCAGCUGCCUCCAGCCAGCCCACAGUUGCUCAAGGGCUAGGUGCCACCCCCUUGAAGUCCCUGGACUCGACUCGGCCAUCCCAGCUCCUUUCUGGCCUCCCUCCUGACACCAGCCUGCCUCUGGCCAAGGUGGGCACCUCUGCCCCAGUGGCCAUGCCCGGCCCCAAAGGCUCUGGCACCACCCCUCCACGCCAACAGCAGGCCACAUCUCUGGCCAUGGCCACGGCCUCACCUGCUCAGACGCUCAGCCCAGCCCUGUCUCUCAGCCCAGCUGUCAUGGCCCCGGGGCACCCACCCAGUCACACUGCCUCCCAGACAACUGGCAUAGUUCCAGACCUGCUUCUGGGGGUCACACUGUCAACUGCUGGAGUCGUGGCCCCGGCUGAGGGGGUGUCCUCUGCAGUUUCUGUCACCCCAGCAGAGAGCACCACGGGGAAGAGGGCCACGCUGUCAGAGCCAGGGGCUCUGUCCACCUUGGCACAUGGCUCGGCCCAGGGUGGGCCCACAGAGCUCACAGCGGCUCUGGGCCACACGCUUACUGCCUGGGUGACUGAGGCCGAGGGGCCCCGAGCUGGCUCGGUGCCACCAAUGCCCACAUGGUAUGCUCCGAGCCAAGUGUCUACCAGGACCGCCCCUAGGGAGAGCUCGCUGGUUCCACUCCCUCAGCUGGUUGAGGCCCACGGCACUCUGGCAGGCCCUCAGCUCCCCGCAGGGCCAGCGAGAGAGGCCACUACUGAGCAGUCUGGGCGCUCGGCACCGGCCAAAAGCAUCCCCGAGGGCCUGGCUGAGGCCUGGACAGCAGACAUGGAGAUGAACACAUCUGAUGCCUGCAUUCCAAUCGCAGAGCAGGACUGCGUCCGCCACAUCUGUCUGGAUGGCCAGUUGAUCCGUGUGAAUCAGACUCAGCACUGUCCCCAUGGCGCUGCGCCCCCACGCUGUGGGGUCCUGGGCUUCGCCGUGCGGGUGGGCGGGGACCACUGCUGCCCACUCUGGGAGUGUGCCUGUCGGUGCUCCAUCUUUCCCGACCUGAGCUUUGUGACCUUUGACGGGAGCCACGUGGCCCUGUUCAAGGAGGCCAUUUCCAUCCUCAGCCAGAGCCCAGAUGAGAUGGUCACUGUCCACGUCCUCGACUGCAAAAGUGCCAACCUGGGGCACCUCAACUGGCCGCCCUUCUGCCUCGUGAUGCUGAAUGUGACUCACCUGGGACAUCAGGUCACCAUCGGCCGCUUCAACCGGAAGGUGACUGUGGAUUCACAGCCAGUGCACCCCCCUGUGAGCAGGUUUGGGUUCAGAAUCGAGGACACAGGCCACAUGUACGUGAUCCGGACCCCUUCACACAUUCAGAUCCAGUGGCUUCACAGCUCGGGGCUCAUGAUCCUGGAGGCCAACAAAGCUGCCGAGGUCCAGGGCCGUGGUCUGUGUGGGAUCUGUGAUGGUGAUGCAGCCAAUGACCUCACCCUGGAGGAUGGCUCUGUGAUAGGUGGGACUGAGGACCCCGCUCCCUUCCUGGACAGCUGGCAGGUGCCCAGCUCCCUGACCUCGGUGGGCCAGACCCGCUUCCGCCCGGACAGCUGCGCCACCGCCGACUGCUCACCCUGCCUGCGCAUGGUGUCCAACCGCACCUUCAGCGCAUGCCACCGCUUCGUCCCCCCGGAGUCCUUCUGUGAGCUGUGGAUCCAGGACACCAAGUAUGUGCAGCAGCCCUGUGUGGCUCUAACGGUUUACGUGGCCAUGUGCCACAAGUUCCACGUGUGCAUCGAGUGGCGGCGCUCCGACUAUUGCCCCUUCCUGUGCUCCAGUGACUCCACAUACCAGGCAUGCGUGGCAGCAUGUGAGCCCCCGGAAACCUGCCAGGAUGGGGUCCUGGGCCCUCUGGACCCAGAGCAGUGCCAGGUGCUGGGCGAGGGCUGCGUCUGCGCGGAGGGCACCAUUUUGCACCGCCGCCACUCGGCACUCUGCAUCCCGGAGGACAAGUGUGCCUGCACUGACAGUGCAGGGGUGCCACGAGCCUUGGGGGAGACCUGGAACAGCUCGCUCAGUGGCUGCUGCCAGCACCAGUGCCAAGCCCCAGACACCGUGGUUCCUGUGGACCUGGACUGCCCGGGGCCCCGCCCUGAGAGCUGCCUGCGCUUCGGGGAGGUGGCCCUGCUGCAGCCCACUGAGGACCCCUGCUGCCUGGGGGCUGUUUGUGUGUGUAACCAGACUCUGUGUGAGGGCCUUGCCCCAACCUGCCGCCCAGGCCACCGGCUCCUCACCCACUUCCAAGAGGACUCCUGCUGCCCCAGCUAUAGCUGUGAAUGUGACCCAGGCCAGUGUGAGGUGGAACUGGUCCCCAGCUGCCGCCAGGACCAGAUCUUGAUUGGCGGCCGCCUCGGGGACUCUUGCUGCACCUCCUACUUCUGUGCCUGCGGUGACUGUCCAGACCCGAUCCCUGAGUGUCAGGAGGGGGAGGCCCUCACAGUGGCCAGGAACACCACAGAGUUGUGCUGCCCAUUCUACCAGUGUGUGUGUGAGAGCUUCCGGUGCCCCCAAGUGCAGUGUGGCCUGGGCACGGCCCUGGUGGAGGUGUGGAGCCCAGAACGGUGCUGCCCGUACAAGUCUUGUGAGUGUGACUGCGACACAAUCCCGGUGCCCAAGUGCCAUCUGUGGGAGAAGUCCCAGCUGGACGAGACGUUCAUGCGCAGCGUGGAGAACGUGUGCGGCUGCGCCAAGUAUGAGUGUGUGAAGGCCCCAGUGUGUCUGAGCCGCGAGCUGGGGGUGAUGCAGCCGGGCCAGACCGUGGUAGAGCUCUCGGCAGACGGUGUGUGCCACACCUCCCGCUGCACGGACGCGCUCGACCUUCUCACCGGCUUCUACCAGAUCAACACCACCUCCGUGCUGUGUGCCGUCCACUGUGAGGCGAACCAGGAGUACGAGCACCCACGGGACCUGGCGGCCUGCUGUGGCUCCUGCAGGAAUGUGUCCUGCCUCUUCACCUUCCCCAAUGGCACUACCUCCCUGUUCUUGCCUGGCGCGUCCUGGAUUGCCGACUGUGCCCGCCACCACUGCAGUAACACUCCCUUGGGUGCCGUGCUCGUCCGUUCGCCCAUCAGCUGCCCACCGCUCAACGAGACCGAGUGUGCCAAGGUCGGGGGCUCAGUGGUGCCAUCCUUGGAAGGGUGCUGCCGGACAUGUAAGGAAGAUGGGCGCUCCUGCAAGAAGGUGACCAUCCGCAUGACCAUCCGCAAGAACGAUUGCAGGAGCAACACCCCUGUGAACCUAGUGUCCUGCGAUGGGAGGUGCCCGUCUGCCAGCAUCUACAACUACAACAUCAAUACCUACGCCCGCUUCUGCAAGUGCUGCCGUGAGGUGGGCCUGCAGCGGCGCACCGUGCAGCUCUUCUGCGCCACCAACUCCACCUGGGUGCCUUACACCGUGCAGGAGCCCACCGACUGCGCCUGCCAGUGGUCCUGA